AUGUCCGGGAAAAAAAGAUCUGCAACCAAUAACAUCAAGAUCGUUAAGAAUGGUACCACUCUAUCUGGUAAAGAUCUCGCCCAAUCACUUAACACCUAUUUCUUAAGCGUGAGUAAUGACCUAUCACCAUUGAAUCCUCUCCUGCUACCUGCCUAUCUCCCUGCACCUAGGCCUGUACCAAAAAUUUUCCCCGACGAAGUUUGCACUAAGAUGCUCAAUGCAAAAGUUUUCAAAUCCAGCGGUCCUGACAAUAUUCCUAACCGGAUUAUUAAGGAUUUCCCGUACGAAUUGGCCGAACCUGUAUGUCACAUCUUUAAUACAUCUCUGUCCACUGGUGAAUUCCCUAACAUAUGGAAAGAUGCGUUAAUUACACCAAUUCCUAAUGCGCCAUCCGUAUCCUGUGAGGAGGAGUUGCGCCCAAUCUCCCUUACAAUUUGGUUGCCUUAAAGGAACCUCUACAACGUUUUGCUUGAUCGAUAUGAUCAACAAUUGGCUAAGAACAUUGGAUGAUAAAUCGAGCUAUCUGCGGAUCGUUUUCCUCGACUUUAGUAAAGCCUUCGAUCGCAUCGACCAUAAUAUCCUGGUCCCAAAGUUGCUGGCCCUUGGCGUCAGAUUGUCGUUUAUCCCAUGGAUAUGCAGCUUUCUCUCAAAUUGCCGUCAAUCGGUAAAGAUCGACAAUUUCCAAUCUGAUUGGGGCGUCAAUAACGCAGGUGUCCCUCAAGGAACUAAGUUGGGCCCUAUUUUAUUCAUAAUUAUGAUCAAUGAUCUUGAACUGGCAUCCUCUAGCACUGACCAUUGGAAAUACGUGGAUGACGUAACAAUAUCGGAGUCCUUAAAGAAAAAUGAAGUUUCAGUCCUACAGUCUGAUCUUAACACAAUUGAAAGAUGGAUUGUUAAUAACAACAUGAAAUUGAACGGAAAGAAAUGCAAAGAAAUGAUAGUGAGUUUCGUCCGUAGCGAGAAUGACAUCCCCCGACUCCUCAUUGAUGGUUUGCCUCUAGACUUAGUUCCUUCAUUCAAAAUUUUGGGCUUAACCAUGAACAAUAAAUUGAAAUGGCAAGAUAACACUGAAGCGUUAGUUAAAAAAGCCUCAAAACGCUUAUACAUUAUUCGUGUUCUACAGCGCUGUGGUCUUCCCCCCAAUAACCUCUUAUGA